UAUACGUUACAUUAUAUACUUUUCAAGUAUAGAGGAAAACAUGGCAAGGCUCUCCUUAUUUUUGGUUUCCUUUCUUCUUCUCCUUAGCUUUGUCUUUGCCAAAGAAGCCUAUAUUCGCCCAAACGGCGGGGAAGGAUCGCUGAAGCCUGAAGAGUGUGCAGCGGCUUGUGACUACAGGUGCUCGGCAACUUCACACAGAAAGCCGUGCUUGUUCUUCUGCAACAAGUGUUGCCAAAAGUGCCUCUGUGUUCCUUCUGGCACUUCUGGGAACAAAGGGGAAUGUCCUUGCUACGAUAACUGGAAAACCAAGGAAGGUGGACCCAAGUGUCCUUGAAUUUAUGCAUUAUGUAUUCUUCAAUAACAAUCUAAUUUUUUUUCUAGGAGAAAUGUGCGUACGAAGAACCAAAACAUCAUAUCUUAAAUAAAAUUGUGUUUUUUCCUUUCAA